UUCUCUGUGAUGGUGAGAGGUUGGAUGGGUUGGCUCAGAGGGCGGAGUUUCUGGUGACAGGCGUGGCGUGUGAAAGAACUGCCGACCGGUUGCAGUUAGCCCUGCGCUUCCAAGCCCCGCCCCCGUGUCCCGUGCUUCCCGGUGCCGCAACGAACUUGAGGCUUGCAGCUUGUUAUUGCGAAGAGCGCGAGCCAGGAAAAGAUGUUCGAGAGCCUGCGCGAGCGGCUUCUGAGCGUCCAGCAGGACUUGACCUCAGGGCUGAAGACGUUGGGUGACAAAUCAAGAGAAGCCAAAAUAAGCAAACAGAGUUACAGGUCUGCCCAGUGUUUGCCAGAAUUUUCUGCUGGAUUAGACUUGCUGAGCAGGUAUGAAGAUACUUGGGCAGCCCUUCACAGAGGAACAAAAGAGUGUGCAAAAGCUGGAGAGUUGGUGGAUAGUGAAGUUGUAAUGCUUUCUGCACACUGGGAGAAGAAGAAAGGCAGUCUCUCAGAACUGCAGGAACAGCUUCAGCAAAUUCCAGGUUUUUUAGCAGGCUUGGAAUCCAUGACAGCUAGCCUGGUCCAGUUGGAAGAAAAUUUUAAGGAAAUGGAGAACCGUUUACUUUAUCUUGAGGACCUCUGUGGACAGUGUGAAUUGGAAAGAUACAAGCAUAUGCACAUACUACAGCUGGAAAAUUACAAGAUGACCAAGCGGAAAGAACUUGAAGUCUUGAAAGCUGAACUAGAUGCUGAGCAUGCACAGAAGGUGUUGGAGAUGGAGCACACCCAGCAGCUCAAACUAAAGGAGCGGCAGAAGUUCUUUGAGGAAGCCUUCCAGCAGGACAUGGAGCAAUACCUUUCCACAGGUUAUCUGCAAAUAGCUGAAAGACGAGAGCCAAUAGGAAGCAUGUCUUCUAUGGAAGUGAAUGUGGACAUGUUGGAACAAAUGGAUCUCGUGGAUAUGUCUGACCAAGAAGCCUUAGAUGUCUUCCUUAAUUCAGGAGGAGAGGACAGCACAAUGCCAUCUCCAAUGAUAGGGCCAGAUUCCAGCACAUGGCAGAAUGAAAUAAGUCUUCAGGUUCCCACUCAGUCAGAAUUAAGAGAGAAAUUGUCCUCCACAUCAGCCUGGACUGAUUCUGCCCGCCAGGACGCCAGUGAAGGAGAGUCACCUGUGAUCCAGUCAGAUGAGGAAGAUGUGCAAGUGGACACUGCCCUUGUUGCUGCCAACACAGAACUGAAGGGCCCCUCUGAUGUUAGUGAUGAGAGUGAUUCACAAACCAUCUGAGUCUUAUCACAGUGCUCUAUAGGAAUUAAGACCUUGGGAGUGACUGAGCAAAGAGAUGAUUGAAUGAGCUUGCCUGUGUUACUAUGAUGAUCUAUCAUGAAAAAGAUUAGCAUAUACAACAUUUGAGUCUGACAGUCAUAUGAAAUACUUUUAUAAAUGUCUUGAAGCACACCAUGUAGCAAUAAAGUAUUGGAUUUUGAAGAGUUAAACACCAUGUAUAUAGAGGGUUGUCCAUUGAACAAUUUAUGAAAGGGGUUUGUUUAAACCCUCGGUAGGAACAUACAAAAACUGGAGCCAUAUUUGUUCUUUGUUACGAUGUGCCUGUCUUGAUUGCUGUGGCUGAUAAAAUCUCUGCUGCUUAUACUUGGAAUCCAACAUCAGAAUAAUUGCCUCCAGUGUUCUGACAUUCUUUGAGUUCAGGAAAAAGAAAUCCAAAUGGCAGUUGGUUAAAAGAGGGAUUGCAUCAAACUCUUACACAGGGUUAAGCUCACUUACUUAAGUAAUGUUUUACACACACAUGAAAAUAUGCAGAAAGCACUAUUGUGGGGAAAUUAAUUUACUGUGUCUUACAUAUUUUAGAAUUCUAUAAUUAUCAAUGUUGUUAAAUUGCUGCUUUAGGGUUGUUGUUUUUUGUUCAAGCUUACCAGUUGUUUUGAGUUGCUGUAUUGUUUGUUGCUUUUUUUCAAGCUUCACUUGAAAGGGACAGGGGAGCCAAGAACAUUUCCUAAGCUUUGGUGGUGGUUACAAUUUGAAGAGCAAUACACAAUUCCUCAGCAUCUUGGUCACAAAUUAAUACCAAAACACUAAGAACUACAGUCAUCCCUUGCCAACCACAAAGGUUCUAUUUUGGGAAAACCUCACUGUUGGCAAAUUGGCGGUUGACGGGUAAUUGAAAAAGCAUUUGAUACCACAUUAGGGGAAUUGUGGUUAUAAAAGGACUGAAGCAUACAGCGGGAAAUUGCCAAAAAUCACCCAGAAUCCCUUUAAAUCACCAAUAGUCAGCAAGAGGCGAGGGGGGGACCCCCAGAAAUCACUCCAAAUGCCCCCCAAAGUACCAAAAACUCACCAAACUGCAGAUACUCGGGUCACGGUUGGCAAAACCGGUCACAAUUUCCCAGUUGUGGAUACUCAAAACCACAGUUGGCAAGGGAUGACUGUAUAUUAGAUUUAAGACUAAUUUUUGGCAUUAUUUUCUGCUAGUACAGUGGUGCUUCAAUACUCUUUCUUCUGAUUGUCCAGAUGGGUGCCUAGACUAUUAAGAGUGAGGGGGCUGGUGUGUGUGUUCAGAGGGUUGAGCACCAAAUUGAAAGCAAAAUGGGGCACCUAAACAUACACUACUGGUUUCUACAUACUCGCUAGGUUGUCAAAGGAAAAAAAACGAGGAGAGUCAAGAGUCUCCAAGAGCCAUAGAAUGUUAAGGGUAUCAAACAGCACAUGGUGGGAGUGGAGGAAUUGGCCUACUUGAGCAUUUAGCAGCUUAUAGUGUUUUGGAUGCAGGCAUUAGGGUUCAGGAAACACAAUAUUUUUUGCAGGUUUUACUUGUGACCAAACUAUUCUCAGCUGUAGGCAGCCUUAAUUUCCACCCCUUAACUGACCUCUGAAGAAUACAAAUAGAAUAGCUUCCUGCUAUUAAGCAUGUACUAAUUGGAGUACCUGCAACAAAGAGCUUGAAGGCAGGGAGAAAGGGGGAAUUGUGCUUGUUUCCAACCAUUCAUAACUCUGCCUGGGUGGCAACACUGUAGCCCCCAGUACACUUUGAAAAGGCAAACUUGAGGGUUAGGGGACCUACAAAUAGUGUGGGAUAUGGCAGAUGGAGGGGAAAAGUUAAAUAUGAUCUCCACACACACACACAUAGACAAGUGUGUCUGUUCACACAAGGCAUGUCUGCAGCUAAUCCAAUGAGGUGAUUUAAGAAUUUUUAUCUCUUCUGAUGGGGAAAUGUAGUUCUAGAAAAUGAAAGCUAAGAUUGCCUCCUACAUAAGUUACAACCUUUCUACUAAAAUGGUCCUUAUUUAACUACUAGCUAAUUUAAUUCUAUUUACACUACUGCUCUCAGAAGAAAGACAAAAUGUCCAAAAAGUGUUGUUUUUUAUUAAACCUUGUAUUACAAACCUGAAAAGUAAACAAACUGGCAAUAAACAUGAAGUCUUUCCUUACAAGGAAAGAGAGCGGAGCAGCGCUAAUAAAUUAAAUGUCAAACUGCAA